UUUGCCUCUACUCUCGAGGUUUAGGGUUUUUGGGCAGCGAUGGCGGAUCUCUUCCAGGGGCCGGCACCGCCGUGGUGCAUUGGCGCGGUGUUUCGAGCGCCACAUUUGCGAGCCGGCGCCGAUCGCGGGCCUCUGCUGUUUGAUUCCGUGGGAGAGCCUCAACAACUACUGUCGACGGGGUGUAAGCUACAUCUCUUUGAUCAUCCGAUUCCUCCCCUUGAGAAGCAAUCACGCUACGCGGGGGAGGACGCAUCGAUCGGCUACACCCCCGAUUCUCUCCUCCAGGGGCUCGUCCAGGAGGACACAGCUGCGAAGGUUGCUAUGAUCCACGAGAGUAACAACAUUUUUGGAAACAGACUGGAGUGUAUGCAAUGUCAAGAUGGAAAGCUCCAGCUCACAUUUCCCGUUGGUGAGAACUUCAACAGUAUAGGAAGUAUACUUUGCAAGCGUGAUCCCGCUGGUCGCUUGUGUCCUCUAAAAAAGCAAGAGGACGAGCCGGACAGUGAGUGGCUCGGUGGCGUGAGAAUGUCAGUCUCACCAACAUUGAAUCAUCCCAUCCGCCAGUUAUCAGCGAUGAAGAUUUCGAAUUCAAGUGUAGAUGAGAACAUCCUAGUAGCUAGGACUCAGCAUCAAGUACAUGUUAUGAACGUUCUAAGAGAAGAAGAUCGCGUAUGCUUUGCUUCACGCUCAGUGACGACUUACCGCCAGGGUGUAUCUCAUGUGGUCUGGAGUCCUUAUAUCGAGGGAGAACUUGCAACUGUCCUGGAGUCUGGGGAGGUUUUCGUUUACAAUGUGCACUCCACUAAACAGUCUACAAACAAUCUACGAGCGAACUUUAUAGUACAGGCGCGCAUGGUCGAGGCUGCAACGGCCGACGGAAGUGGCGCUGCUAAGUUUCCAAAGGCUGUGGUUGCCGAGAUUUGGAAUCUCAGGCGGAGCUGGUGGCGAGUCGAGUAUGGUUGGCAUCCGAAGCUGCUUGUCAUAGCGAACGCAGAGGACAUUCUUUUAUCCGACUUAAGACAUGGCAACGCGACUACUCUACUUGGUACUGUUGGAAACAGCAAAAAUUACUGCCAUCAGAGGCGCUGCGAACAGGAUCGCUUCGUAGCUAUAGUGCGCCCUGAGGAUCGUGGUUAUCAUUUUGCUGCUGCAACUAUGGAACAUAUCAUGCUCUUCGACAUUCGUAGGCCAAGAAUGCCACUACUUCAGUGGGAACACUCAAUGCACGACGAUUCUCCCGGAUAUUUGUCUAUGCAUCCUCUGUCAUGGCUCCGGCCUGAGGAAGAUAAUGGCGCAGGAAGAGUUAUCCUGGCUGCGAGCUUUCGGUCUGGUGAUGUUCGAGCAUUCUGCUAUGGUCCUCAAGCGCCAUCUACUGCAAUCGUGUCAGGAGCAAGUUCCAGAUUUCGUGAGAUAGAGGAAGCGUACUGUGCGUGGGAUCUUCCUUCUAAGAUUUUCACUUCUCGUCCUCGGAAACUAUCCAUGACGGCACUUUAUGAUUCUCUUUCCACUGGAACGCAGGACAGCUAUAUUGAAAGCCUGUCUGGAGUUGCGGUUCUGCCUGGGGCAAAGACUGGUUUCAGCUUGUUGCAACUUACGGGUACAGGUGACAUUCUGAAUCAACCUUAUAUCGCUUCCAAGACCUUGAAGAGAGAAAAGAACACUAAGUUGUGCGAGUACCCUGAUCGUUUAAUAGCUAAGAACAAGAAGAAGCUUGUUAUGAAAAAUUGCUCUUUCCCAGCUAUGCUCAACUACGUGAAACACGGACUGGAUUGUCUUGCGGCUUUGGGGUCGUCUCAUGAAAGCAAGCGGCUCAAGGCAACAGUGAUGGACCCUGUGGAAGACUACCAGGAUCGCAUAUACAAGGUUUUGUCGGACGUUGAAGUCUUUCUCUCGAACCAUGAGAUAUCGUUUAAGGUACUGCUCUUGGGUCUAUCACAAGAUCUAGCACUACACGCAGCAAAGAUGCCGUCAAACGUCACAGGAUAUAUUGAUGUUACUGAUAGAACACCUUAUCUUCGACCACCGCUGAAAUAUUUGGAAAUGCAAGAAACUCCGGUUCCAGUUCCGUUGCCGGUGCUUCUGGAAAUUCAGGCUAAGGAAGGCAACAGAAAGGCAACAAAAGAGAGCUUCCAAGCUGCCUGUGACGCGGUUGAAACAGUAACAUCCAGCUUAAGAAAGAAACAGGAAGAACCAAUUGUGUCUCUUGGUCAAGGUGAAGAUGCAAGCUUCAAUUUGUCCCAGCAGUUACUAUUCCACUCAAAGCACUCAGAUUCUGGAGCAUCAUCGUCAUCGAGCACUGGCAGCAUGAAAUCCCAGAAUUAUGUUGGAUCACAACAACUAGUUGGAGGAGAAGUUGGGUCGUCGAAAGUUUUCGGGCGACUCAAAUCAGAUGAAUUUGAACCGUCAACGUUUGGGGCCUUGGAGCGCUUGCAAAUGGACUUUGAGAAAUGGCAGCAAAACUAUGCUCCAUACGUAAACUACUGUAAAGGAAAACGUCUGUAAGGCGAGCCUCGGGAAAUACUGAUUCAACGCUUUCUAUGUACAUUCUUCGUUUUGUUAUUUAGUUACUAUGCAUCUCGUAGGCGAGCCAUCAGAGCCGAUUAAUGCUGCUGGAAGGCAAUUCAGCGUAUAGAAACCGGAUUGAACGUUGUCCAAGUUCAAUCCUUCCACGAGUACGACUCCCUGUAAGGAGGGGCUUGUGCGUCGCAUCCGGCUCGUUGUAAACUCCGACGGAAAGGUAGUCGAGUCCUGUAUAUAUGCGCGUGAGAACAAAGAAGCACCAAACGGAACGUACCGAUGAGCUUAAGGGAUGUGUUCUGAGCUAUCCAUUCUGCUCCGUCUUUGGUCAGUGCGGUGAAAUCCGACGUGAACUCUCGCUUCCACAUGAGCCUCCUGGGAUUAUAGCUUACUAUCAGAUUCUCCUCUCAAUUCAUUUUCUUGGAGAGCUAACCGUUCUGUAUUCAGUGUUCUGAAUAGCACGCGCUCAACUCCAGGGGGGACGACGUUCUUGACAACCUCGGCUGUUAUGUUUUGAUCCUUCGGCGUCUCCACCACAAGCACAAGUCCUGUGAGGAUGUCAAGCUUGAGACUGUUGGUGGUGUCGACUCCAUUCAGGAAAUCCUUCUGGAGAAAAUGGCUUGGCGAAUCAACAUGUGUUCCAGUGUGCACGAUGAGCUGGAGUUCCGAGACAUUGACAAGGGAUCCAUUGGCGAUACUUGCGACGAGACUUACAACCUUUCCGAGUCCCUCCUUGGAAUCCCACACGGCUAGCUCACGAGCUCCUGUCCGGACUAUCAAAGCCAUCAUCAUCAGAUUAAUCAAAAGCCCGAACAAAGCCAUGCGUGAAAGCUUUCUCUUCAAGACGCUGAGUUUGAAUGCUCGCUUCUCACUCUUCACUGGAGAAGCGAGUACUUGGGAGAAACAUUCCCGCUCCCAGCCAAAACAGCGAAUUCCUCCUCUUCUCUUCCACCAAAGGGCCCUUUGUUUAGUCGCUAAGCGAUGGAAGUUGUUCUUGAGAUGAAAGGGACACAGUGGCCGAAAGCAAAAUGGAGGAGCAAAGCAACCAACGACACAGGCAAGAAAAGAAGAUCACUCAAGUGUUCUUUGGCUUCACGGGAGAGUUUUUCGCAGAUCUUGCGAGAUUUGGACGCGCCAGCGAUCGAGCGAACUUGAUUGAUUGAGCGUAAGUUUGGUGGCUUGAAUCGCUGCUUUUAAAGGAAUGUAGAGCUAACUUUACUGCCGCAGAUCAAACAAAGACACAUUAAUUCGCGCCACAUGAAUGAAGAUUUGCAGUCAAAACACUAUUUUUUCCUCGCCAGGUGAAAAAAUAUUCGUUGUUUUUUUCAAACAUUCUAACUGGAGGAUAUUCUUUUCUUAACGGAAUGGUUAAGCCAGGAAAAUGCGGCGUGACCUGGCGCCACGUUUUGCGACGGGGCCCACCGCGUGGCAUCGGCGCCGUUGGUUGUAGAUAUCCGACGGCUGGGCUUGCCGGCGCUCGGGGAUUGGGCCACGAGUCGAGAUGGUGACCGUCGAUGCGAGUGAAAUGGACGGCCGACAGUUUCGUCGCCGAGGGAGGGAAGUGAAAGGCUUUUAGAGGUGAGAGAGAGGCUCUUCUUCUUCUCUGUUUGGAGAGCGCGACGAAAGAGAAAGAAACCCCUGGUAGGGUU